AUGGUUGCCUCUUGGCCACUCUCACCACCGUCCUCUCUUCCAACAAACAAUCAAGAAACUGCACAAAAACCUCUAGUUUUUGAUGCAUCCAUUUUAAACCACCAGCCAAACAUACCCCCACAUUUCAUCUGGCCGGACGACGAAAAGCCGUGUCGUGAGCCACCACCUAUUCUUCUUCUUCCUCCAAUCGACUUAAAAGCCUUCCACUCCGGUGACCCUCUUACUAUAUCAAACUACACCAAGCUUGUCAAUGAGGCAUGUCAAAAGCAUGGUAUGUUUCUAGUAGUAAACCAUGGCAUCGAUUCACAGCUUAUAAAUGAAGCUCAUAAGAAUUUGGACUACUUCUUUCAAACCCCACUUGCAGAGAAGCAAAAAGUUCAGAGAAAACUUGGUGAUCAUUCUGGAUAUUCUAGUAGUUUUACUAAUAGAUUCUCCUCCAAGCUUCCAUGGAAAGAAACUCUUUCUUUUCGAGUUUGUGUUGAUGAUCAGUACACAAACAUGGUGGAGGAGUACUUCUUGAAUGCAAUGGGUGAAGAUUUCAGACAUUUUGGGAGGAUUUGCCAAGAAUAUUGUGAAGCCAUGAGCUCUCUCUCUCUAAGAAUCAUGGAGCUUUUGGGCAUGAGCCUAGGAGUUGGCCCUGCACAUUUCAGAGAAUUCUUUGAAGGAAAUGAUUCCAUAAUGAGAUUAAACUACUACCCUCCUUGCCAAAAACCAGAUGUUACACUUGGAACUGGGCCCCACUGUGACCCCACAUCUUUAACCAUCCUUCACCAGGAUGAUGUGGGUGGUCUUGAAGUGUUUGAUGAUAAAAAGUGGCAUUCCAUUCCUCCCAAUUCAGAAGCUUUUGUUGUCAAUAUUGGUGACACAUUCAUGGCUCUGUCAAAUGGGAUCUACAAGAGUUGCUUGCACAGAGCUGUGGUGAAUAAUAGAACUCCCAGAAAAUCUCUUGCAUUCUUUCUUUGUCCGAGGAAGGACAAGGUUGUAAGCCCACCAAAACAGCUUGUUGACACUGAUAAUCCAAGGAAAUAUCCAGAUUUCUCAUGGCCAACUCUCCUAGAAUUCACACAGAAACAUUACAGAGCUGACAUGGAAACCCUCUCAGCCUUCACAAACUGGCUUCAACAAAAGAACAUCACAGGAGAUACAGAAAACUAUUGA